AACCAACCAUCUAUCUACGGAGUACUAAUUACCUCCUAACCAACCAACUAGUUAACUAGCUACUCCUAGUUAGAGUUAGUUGGAAGUAUUGGAAGUACCUCCUACGGAUACCUCCUCGGAGCACUUCGUACAAGCCCAAGAAUUCUCCACACCCACACCCACACCCACACAUACAGCUGGAACUGGACUGGAGCUUCUGUCGACGCGAUCUGUCCUUUGGGCAAGCGCGUUUGCAAGGAUCAAACAGUCAGCAGAUGAGCUAGCUGGACUGGGCCAUGGAAAGCUAGCUGCUGGUGUCUGGCAUUAUUUGCUGCUACUCCAGUGUGCUCAAUUGGCACGCCGACGAUGGACCCGACCUACAAAGUGCGAAAGGAGGCCUUUGUCUCCAAUCUCUCCGGGGGCAGCAUUUGGGAAAUCAAUGCUGUCACCUUGGUUGCUCCUGUGUCGGUUCUGCUCUGGUCGGCCCUGCAAGCUCGCCGCUCGUUUUUCUCGCCAUAUACGCCCACCGCGCUGGUGACCGACUUCCUCCUCAAUGUCUCGGCUAUUCUCUUCGCCACCACGUUGUAUUCGUCCGCUCCACUCCUCUUGAUUCUCUUCCUGCUCUCCCCUGCGGCUCUGGUCUUUCUCACGCCGAAGCCCACCCGCCCCAAGGCGAAGCGACCACCUCGAUUCGCAGCGCAACAAAGUCAGGAUGCGCAAUCCGGCGGGGCAGACAGUGCACCGCGGCCGCUGCCGACGCUUCCGUUUCUUACGACUUAUCGCGGCGCCAUGAUGGUGGUAACCUGCCUAUCGAUCCUGGCUGUGGACUUUCCGGUCUUCCCCCGCCGAUUCGCUAAGGCCGAGAACUGGGGCACGUCGCUAAUGGACCUCGGGGUGGGAUCGUUUGUCUUCUCGGCUGGCGUGGUCUCUGCGCGCUCGGUCCUCAGAGAGCGUGAGGAGAAGAGACCGCUGGCGCAGAGGCUGCCCGUUUCGGCGCGACACUCGAUCCCGUUGCUUGUUCUUGGGUUGAUUCGAUUGUACAGUGUCAAGGGCCUCGACUACGCAGAGCAUGUCACGGAAUAUGGCGUGCAUUGGAAUUUCUUCUUCACGCUCGGGUUUCUCCCCCCGUUCGUCGAGCUCUUCUCCUCACUGACGGCCUUUGUCCCCUCGUUCGAGAUCCUCUCCCUCGCCAUCGUCGUCCUGUAUCAGGUCGUGCUGGAGUCUACCGAUCUCAAAGCGUACAUUCUCGUCUCUCCGCGCGGUCCAGAUCUUCUCUCCAAGAAUAGAGAAGGCGUCUUCUCUUUCCUCGGCUACCUGGCCAUCUUCCUCGCCGGCCGGGCCGCCGGGGUCCGCGUCAUGGGUAGUGGAGCGGCGCCACGCCAGGCUCGCCGGAGAACCCUGAUCAGUCUGGGGCUCGGAUCGCUCUUCUGGUCCAUUCUCUUUGUGCUCAAUUCAACCUACGCCCUGGGAUACGGAGCUAAGAUUCCCGUAUCGCGGCGACUGGCGAACAUGCCAUAUGUGCUUUGGAUCGCCGCGUUCAACAACGCCCAGAUCUUCCUUUUCUGCCUGAUCGACACCCUCCUUUUCCCCCUUGCUCACAAGCCUGCCGACCGCGGUAGCACCUUGCCCCCCGCUACCAGCCAGAUCAUGGCCGCCUUCAACCAGAACGGCCUGCUCAUAUUCCUAGCUGCAAAUCUCCUGACCGGAGCCGUCAACCUGACUGUUUCCACCCUCGAUGCCAGUACCGCCCAGGCGAUGCUCAUUCUGACGGUCUACGCAGCUACCAUCACGGGUGUUGCGAUGGGACUGAACAAAUUCGGCAUCAAACUGAAGCUUUAGCGUAUGUAUAUUAUAGAUUCAAAAUAUAGCCUGAGUAGACUUGUCCUCGACCAGUCUUGAUUACAUAAUAAGAAUUAAUACUUUGGUACGCGACCGGCCCGUUGCAGACCGCCUACCAAACAAAGCUAGCCGUAAGCCUCGUGGAGUUGCAAACCGGAAGGCGCCCAAACCACAGCGUCAAUGGCCUCAGGCAGGCGCAAUCCACGCAUCGCAUAUCAGGCAUUCAGUUGCCCAGCAUGAGCGAUUCCCGUCGGUUUCUCAACUACCCGCGGCCUUGCGAGCACCCCGUCGUG